CCUUUCCUUUUUAGGGGGAAUGAUGAAAGCAAAUUCUACUUAAUGCCCGAAAAAGGCCCUUCCCUGCCAAACCAAAGAAUUCCCGUCAUAGGCUAAUUCCUGACGGGAUUCCCACGGUGGAGCCCCGCCCUCCACUGUUCGAAAUAGGAGUCGGUGCUGAGGACCGUGAUUCUCCCGGAGCAAGCGUCCACAGAGGACAUUUCAGACCAGUCAGAGUCCCAUUACCGGAGCAGUGGACUAAUCUUUGUUUGUGGUCGGUUUUAGACAACUUUCCCUGAGGCUGAAACGGGACUUUGCUGCUGGACCGGAUUCAGGAACUAUAAGCAGUCUGGACUCUUUCUUGUCUUUCGUCAAUAAAUCAAACCUGGAACUCGUGGAGACUUAGCAGCAGUCAGGAUGGAGUCAGACGCCAACGUCCAGUGUAAAAUAGUGGUUGUAGGAGACAGCCAGUGUGGAAAAAGCGCCCUGUUGAAUGUAUUCGCCAAAGACUGCUUCCCCGAGUGCUACGUGCCCACGGUGUUUGAAAACUACACGGCCAGCUUCGACCUGGACAUGCAGAGAGUGGAGCUCCGGCUCUGGGACACCUCAGGUUCUCCCUACUAUGACAAUGUGCGUCCUCUCUCCUACCCUGAUGCUGAUGCAGUCCUCAUCUGCUUUGACAUCAGCAGACCAGAGACAUUGGACAGCGUUCUUAAGAAGUGGAGAGGGGAGAUUGAGGAGUUCUGUCCCAACACCAAGAUGCUGCUGGUGGGCUGUAAGUCAGACCUCCGAACAGAGCUCUUCACCAAGUCCCACAGCAGACACACUCCAGUAUCUUUUUCCCAGGGCUCCAACACAGCCAAGCAGCUGAGCGCGCCCUACCUGGAGUGUUCCUCGCUGCAGUCUGAGAACAGUGUCAGAGACAUCUUCCAUGUGGCCACACUGGCUUGCGUCAACAAGAACAACAAGAACAUGAAGAGGAGGAAGUCCUCCAGAGCCACCAAGAGGAUGUCUCAGAGUGGAACAGACAUGUCCACUGUGGCAACAACACACUAUCAGCGGACCAAAGCUAAGAGCUGUGCUGUCAUGUAAACACAGAUACACACUGCUGAGGACAGCGUGGACAAUCUGUUCUCAAAUCUCUGUGGGCUGGACGUCAUUUGAAAAUGAAGCAGGUGUGACAAUUUGGUGCUAUGGAUGAAAGUGUGCCAAGCUGACUUUAUGGAGACACUUGACUAGCAGAAUACUGUGACUCCCAAUAUGCUAUCACCUGCAAACACAGAAAGCUGCUGAAAAGUGUAUCAGUAAAUAUAUUUCCAUUAACACAUCUCUAGUGUUUCUUGUCAUAGUGAAGGAGACAUCAUCAUUGUCAUGUUUUAGAUCUUUUCCUCUCGCCAUCUUGAUCCAGAAUCCAGGCUCAACUGGACAUACUCAAGUAUGUGUCAUAGUGUACAGUAUGAGGUAGCUGCAGUACACUUAUAUGGAAGCACCUGCAUUCAAUAUGCUCCUCCAUAGAGAAUGCAUUCUACAUUCUAGCAUAGAGAAUGCAUUCUACAUUCUCUAUGCUCCUUUGUGUUUACAGCAAAUAUUUAAGUGUUGUCAUUAUCCAAAUUCUGCCCAGACUGUGAUCUGACCUCAGUAUAGUCAUUAUCACAUCUAGAUUCAGAUGAUCGCACAUUAACAGGGUGUCUUUCACUUAUUCAGGACCUGUGAACUGGUACAGCCUUUAACAACAAACUGUGUUUUUAAUCAAAUGUUCCAUUUCUUAGAGCAAUGACUGCUUUGGAUGUCUGUGACUAUUUUGUUGAACCUGUCUUUCAUCUUUGUGCAUUUUGUUGAGGUAUGUUAGCCUCAGCCUUACCAGAAAUAGGGACAGGAUCAUUACUGGUGUGGGCAAACAGUGACUUGUAUUAAGCAUCAUAUUCAGCAGCAGUGGAGUUUACUGUUACCAUAUGCAUUCUGUCAUCCUGUUCAGUGAAAACAGUGAAGAUAAGCAGAAAAUGUGGUGUAAAAUGUGAAGUGUGGACUUCUAAUUAGCUUCAGUAUCAGAAGCUUGACAUGGUACCUUCUCUCUGUAAUUUGUUUACAUUUGUAACAUAGUUGGUGGCCAAACAUGCCAGUUGACAUAUCCUAUGAGGUAUGAGAGGUGAGAUUCAGCAGUAAGGGAUAUUUUUAAAUGUCUGGAUUUUAAAGGCUUGCAUGCAGUGUGUUAUUCCUGGUAACAUUUGUCUACCACCGAUUCUUUGUUUAAAAAUAUUUGUUAUACUGAGAUUAAUACAGUUUAGGAAGAUUUGGCUGCCUCAAUAUCCUGACUCUUGGGCUGACAAUCAGCACUCAUCAGUAAAUGACUUUGUUUCCUGCAUCCCCCCACCCCCAAAAAUAACAUUUUUGCACUUUGUCAGCUUUCAGUUUCACAUUUAGAUUUGUGGUGUAGGAAAUGAGAUCAGUAACCUUUGUUAUAAUUGAGGUACAAAAUUUUUAAAGGACAUAAACUGUGGAAGCCCUUUUCCAUCAGGAAAAGAAAAAGCAGAUGAAAUUAGGUUUGAUGGUAAAAAAGAAACUUUGUUAAAACAUGACAUAUGAAGUCAUAAUUAUAAGAUAACAUGUCAGAUGCUCUCCUUUGUAAGUCUAAAUAUUAAUAAGUCAGAGGUUUAACCUCCUGUGUUGUUAUUUGAUUAAACAGUAUUUGUAUUUUC